AUGGUGUUACUCUUUAGCGAUCGAAAUCAAGCCUCUAAAGCCAGGAUAAACUGGAACAAUUGGCAGCCUUAUCUCUUUAGGUAAGGAGGUGGGUGGGCAACAGUUACCGAGAAGGCCAUAGCAAUAUGUUUAAGUUUAACAUUUCUUUUCAUCCAAUCUGAUAGUUCCAAGGGAAAACUUAAUUCCCAUUCUAGAGCUAGUGUCCUUUCAUAUUCUUGAAGUGACUUGUCUAUGAUCAAAUUAAAAAACCUUGGAAUACAACAUUACAAAAUAAUAUAAUAAGAUGAGGCUAUUCACUCGCAUCGGAUAAAAUAAGAAAUGAAGAAAAAUAAACGAUGACGAUAAUAAAAAUAUUAAUAAAACAAAAUUAAUAAAUUUAUAAUACAUAUAGGGUAUGAGUUCUACUUAUACUACCUUGCGUGCAAAUAGCUCAACUGAGAAGGUGAUUUUGAAAGUCUAUAGAAUCCUUUUAAGAACUGAAUUAUAAGUUUAAGGCUACAUUCAAUCACAGAUAGCUCACUGACGUCUUGUAGCAUACCAGCAUGACAGCUCCUGCUUGUAGUGAAUAUAUAGCAUGGUGGGUAAAAACAGUUAAAAGUGUCAUAAUCAAAAAAAAAAAACCUUGGAGUCUUUACGGGCUGGAAACAGUUCCGUUUCUAGAUGGCAUGUGACCUCGAAACAGCCAAGAGAGAGUGUUUAUUUUUUAAUAAUGUUUUAUUCCGUUAAAAACGUUUACAGCUCUUUCCAAAGCUCUAACUCUCUAAUCAUUAAAAUCUGCAAAGAGUACGUAUAUCCCAUCACGGCAGAUACGCAAAUACGGUGCAUGUGCUUAUGUUAAAAUAUAAUCAUGGUGCCAGUGUUGAUGAAAAAAAGUUCUUGGGUCAGCGUUUUUAAAGAUGGCACAAGGCGGCAAUUUUGAAGGCCUCCAGUGACUGCUUUUCAAUGACACUAUUUGGUAAAGAGUUCCAGUCUCUUAUUGUACGUGCAGUAAAACUGUGUUAGUAUUUGUUUGUUUUGGCACUAACUUGAAUGAAUUUCGUAGGAUGGAAUUGCCUAGUGCCCUGUCGCCUUUUAAAUAAUAAUAUAAAUAAUAUAUAGGAUAGUGCUGCACGAUCGUGUAGAACGAAACUAUAUGGUAAUAAAAUUCCUAGUCAAAUCUCCAGUUGAUAAAACAUUGUACUUCUGGUAUUCUCGCUCUAGUCCUUCUAUUGAGCGCUCUGACACCAGCUUUGCAUCAGCUGAAAUCGAGUAGGGUGGAACUUGUAUAGCUGAUAGACCAGAAACUUCUUUAUGUUACUUUGUCUGGUCUCUUUCUGUGGGAUGACCACAACCUUUAAAAUGCUCAUAAAACUGAUCACAUACAAUGUGAUGUACACCUUAAUUUCCUCAGUUUAGCAAACCGCUGUGCAUCAGAAGCUAGACGUCAAAACCUCCAGUGGUUUGCACUGCAAUAUUACGGAGAAUGCUGGGCAAGAAAUGGCUCUCUUAAUCAACUACUGCCAAGGUAAUGACCUUUCUGAUAAGAAAAAACGAUCAACCGCUUAAGCGUCAUGCCAGUUUCUUUAUUAUCCGACAUAAGUGUUUGUAUUUAACAAUUAUUCCUCGAGCCCGAAUGGGCUCGGAGUCAAUAGCCCAUGAGGCCGAAGGCCGAAUGGGCUACUGACUCAGAGGCCAUGAGGGCGAGAGGAAUAAUUGUUUUAGCAUCGAGAAUAAAAAGCUUUUAGCUAGUUAAAGCUAGACUUUAAUCCUUUAUUGCCGCCAAAAGGACCGCGCUUUUCGCUGCUAUUGGGCUAUAACAUAUAGCCUAGUAGUAGCUCAAUCAAUCAGAACGAAGCAUUAAUAAUAGACCACUAGUUGGAUUUUACUAAUAAUGGAUAUCCUACUCACAUUGUCCUCGGGUCUUUUCUCGAACGUUCCGGCGGCUUUUCAAGUCCAGAGUCAUAUGUCAAAACAAGAAAAUCUAAAUCUAAACGGGUUCUAACCAAAAGACCAGCCUAAUUUUUUCCUAAACUUAGAUUUUCAUGUAGCAUUUGUUUCAAAAUAAUUAUUGGCGUUUUAGCAUAAAUAUGCAAAAAAAUAUCUUUCCGUAAGGCAUUAAAUAGAUUACCAAGAAACUGGUUCUUAAUAUAUUCUUAUAUUCAGUAACAUUCUAGUAUUUGAAACUGUUACAGUGUAAAGGCCUCAGAGGGAACCACCUAUUAAAAUAAUCAGGUUAAUCCGCCAAUCACAAGUCACGUUCACAAAAAAAGCCAAUGAAAAGUGAGAACACGUGUUUAGGAUUUCAAUCCAAGCUCAGUUAGGCCCCAGUUGAUUUCGCUGCACCGUCAAAGUGUCUGAUGAGGACCGCCAAGCAUGAAGGAAGACAACUAAAACUGAACCAAAAAACACUGGAGAGAGUUCACAAGUUUGACUGGGUAUAAAAAUGGCUGGAUUUUAAAAUGGUUGACUAACAAUUUGAAACUAAAUAAACUGAUGUCUUUUUCUUCUCGAUCCAUUGCCAAUUUAGCCCCUUUUGUAGAUCAAGGCAUAUAACUUCAUGCGCAGCUUAUACAAAAAAUUUGAAGAAUUCUUCAACACUGUGGCCUCUUACAUGUAAUUUUAUGCAAGAAGUAAGUUAACAUCUCGGGCGUCUUAGACACAAUCGAAUUUUCAUCCUGUGUCCUCAUUGCUUUAUUCCACCAAUUCUAAGUACAAGAGCCUAUCCACAUCGGCACCAACAUGUCGGCCGGAAACCAACAAAAACAUCUGUCACCGAGUUUUCCUACAAAAACGUAAAUUUACCCCUCAAGGAGGUCAUAAACAUUAAGUGAUACUUUUUCUAAUACAUGAGCUGUUCAGAUAACAAAAUUUUCCGAAAUAAGUCAACCUGUAUGACAGCUCUCUUUACUGCCACGUAAAUGCCGCGUCACGAAAAAGCUCAGAAAUAUUUUAAGCGUACUCUUCUAUAACAAAACCAAGAACCCUUUCGAAGCGAAAGUUUGUAUGAAAAUUAGUUUUCAGCUGCUCUAAUACAUUAUGAAAGUAAAAUCUCAGUAGGAUCCAUAGUUUUGUAGUUUAAAUUUUAGUGACGUCAUGUGAAAACCAACAAUUGCUCAUUUGUUUUCAAUUUGUAGAAAAUAGAGAAAAAUUCAAACGUUUUGCGCAGAAGAAAAAGCCGCAUUUCUAUACCUAAAAGCAUUAUAUAACAAGGUGAAACGCUCUCUGAUUUGCAUGAUCAAUCAGAUCAUACUCAGCCUCCUUCCAUAAUUGCUGAAUGCUAAGGAUAAAUCCUAACUCAAAAGGUCUGAGUAAACCAGCCCAUGAGGCAUCACUGUUCAGGUUGCAAUUCUCCGACAUUUGAUUGAAAUUAAUAUCGCCAAUUUUUAUUCUACCCUUUCUAAAAGGUACCCGAAGGAUUCGGAAGGCAAUUGUGUGGGAGAAUCGUUCAAACCGUGUGAACAAGAAGAUCCUAAAUCACUUUGCGUAGGAAGAGCUUACAGAGCUUACUUCUAUGAGUUUAGAGACAAGCAAAACUUCUCGUAUCAAAUACCAGUUGGUGGGGGAUACGGUGAGUCUUACAUGUUUUACAGUAAAAAAUCUUUAUAUUUAUCCUGUUUUUAUCUCACCUGAAGUGUCACGUGUAAUUCGCCGCUCCCUCCCUGUAGGUUGCCAGAAAGCUGUAGACAUUGCAUUCGUCAUCGACACAUCCGGGAGUGUAAAGCAAGUUAAUUUCAACAAAGUGAUUCAGUUCCUCAAAAUGUUCGUCGACCGCUUUGACUUUCCAGAUAGUGGGACCAGGUAA